AUGGAGAUAGCCGCCACUAGCACUGUCUCCGUCGCGCUGCAAUCUCGCCGGCUAUCGCUAGCAUUGUCUAAGAAGCUUGGGUCUUUCUCUUCUCUUUCGUUUGGUUGCUUCGAGAGAAAAUAUUGCGUUGGGAUUGGGAGCUCUAGUGUCCGCGUUUCUGCAGCAGCCUCAAUGGACGCUGUGACUGCCGAGAAAAUCUCUCCGGCGAGUUUUCUCGAUAAGAGAGAAUCCGGAGGAGUUCUUCAUUUUGUGAAGUACCAUGGACUCGGCAAUGACUUCAUUUUGGUGGAUAACAGAGACUCAUCGGAGCCUAAGAUAACACAAGAGCAGGCGGCGAAGCUGUGCGAUAGAAACUUCGGUGUUGGUGCCGAUGGAGUGAUUUUCGCAAUGCCAGGAGUCAAUGGUACAGAUUACUCCAUGAGGAUAUUCAAUUCAGAUGGAAGUGAACCAGAGAUGUGUGGCAAUGGAGUUCGAUGCUUUGCUAGGUUCAUUUCUGAGCUUCAGAACUUGCAGGGAAAACACAGUUUUACAAUACAUACUGGAGCUGGCCUGAUUGUUCCAGAGAUUCAAGAAGACGGACAGGUUAAGGUGGACAUGGGAAAACCGAUUCUGAAAGCACAAGAUGUGCCUACAAAGUUGCCAGGGAACAAAGGUGAAGCUGUUAUUCAGGGAGAGCUAGUUGUUGAUGGAGUAAGCUGGAAUGUGACCUGUGUUAGUAUGGGCAAUCCUCACUGCAUCACGUUCGGUAAAAAGGGUGGACCGAAACUGAAAGUUGAUGAUUUGAACUUGCCAGAGAUUGGUCCAAAGUUUGAGAAUCAUGAAAUGUUCCCAGCUCGAACUAACACAGAAUUUGUGGAAGUCUUGUCACGUUCUCAUUUGAAAAUGCGUGUCUGGGAGCGUGGAGCAGGAGCGACUUUGGCCUGUGGUACUGGAGCUUGCGCUCUGGUUGUUGCAGCAGUCCUUGAAGGUCGAGCCAACAGGAAAUGCACAGUGGAUCUACCGGGUGGACCAUUAGAGAUAGAGUGGAAGCAAGAAGACAACCAUAUCUACAUGACCGGUCCUGCAGAAGCUGUCUUCUACGGAUCAGCACUGCUUUAA